AGUAGCACAGCUGUCAAGAAGUCCAAACAAAACGCGGUGCCGGAGGUUGUUUAUCAAAGAAAAUUUGUGAAAAUCACAGGAAAUUGUGAGAAAAAUCAAGUGGAUGUGUUGUAAUUCUGUGAGGAAAACUCCUAGAAAUCUGAUUUUAUAGAAAUUUUGCAGUAUAAUCAGGAAACAAGGAAAACAGAGAAAAUCUUCCCAGGAUGGUUGAUGGAGAUAAAUUGGAGGUGCGGGAGAUAACGAGGAUUGAGAGAAUAGGUGCACAUUCCCAUAUUCGUGGUUUGGGACUCGAUGAUGUGCUCGAAGCGAGGAAUAUCUCGCAGGGAAUGGUGGGACAGAAAGAUGCCCGGAAGGCUGCUGGGAUAAUUGUACAGAUGGUGCGUGAAGGGAAGAUUGCCGGAAGGUGUGUUCUCAUCGCUGGGGAACCAAGUACAGGUAAGACGGCAAUUGCAGUGGGAAUGGCUCAGGCUUUGGGUUUAGAGACUCCCUUUACGUCAAUGUCGGGUUCUGAAAUCUAUUCCCUGGAGAUGAGCAAGACCGAAGCUCUCUCUCAGGCCCUGAGGAAGAGUAUUGGGGUGAGAAUUAAGGAGGAGACAGAGAUAAUUGAGGGAGAAGUUGUGGAAAUUCAAAUUGAUCGUCCAACUUCGGGAACUGGUCAGAAAGUUGGUAAAGUGACCCUGAAGACGACAGAGAUGGAGACAAAUUAUGAUUUGGGGAAUAAAAUUAUCGAAUGCUUUAUGAAUGCAAAGAUUCAAGCUGGGGAUAUUAUAACAAUUGACAAGGCUUCCGGGAAGGUCAAUAAAUUGGGCAGGAGUUUCACCAGGGCUCGGGAUUACGAUGCCACGGGCAUUCAGACGCGUUUUGUGCAGUGUCCCGAGGGGGAGCUGCAGAAGAGGAAGGAAGUUGUGCAUACGGUGACUCUCCAUGAGAUUGACGUGAUCAACAAUCGGACUCAUGGAUUCCUGGCCCUGUUUUCCGGAGACACGGGAGAAAUCAAGCAGGAAGUCCGUGAGCAGAUCAAUAACAAAGUUGCCGAGUGGCGUGAGGAAGGCAAAGCAGAGAUCAAUCCCGGAGUCUUGUUCAUCGAUGAAGCCCAUAUGCUGGACGUGGAAUGUUUCUCCUACCUCAAUCGAGCCCUGGAAAGCGAUAUGGCUCCAGUUGUCAUCAUGGCUACGAAUCGAGGCAUCACCCGGAUCCGAGGCACUGACUACAAGAGCCCCCAUGGCAUUCCCAUUGAUCUCCUGGACCGUAUGAUCAUCAUCCGGACAACUCCGUAUUCCGAGAAAGAGUUCAAGGAAAUCCUCAAGAUUCGCUGCGAAGAGGAAGAUUGUCAAAUGAGCACUGAUGGCUUGACUGUUCUCACGAGAAUUGCCACAGAAACCAGCCUGCGCUAUGCCAUCCAGCUCAUCACAACGGCCAAUCUUCUGGCCAAGCGUCGAAGGGCAACAGAAGUCACCAUUGAGGAUGUCAAAAAAGUCUACACACUUUUCCUGGACGAGAGUCGCUCAAGUCGGAUUCUGAAGGAGUAUCAGGAUGAAUAUCUCUACAGCGAUGCCGGAUCCACCAAAGGCACUCCCAUGGAUGUUGGUGACAAUUAACUUUCCCCAGGAAUCUUCCUUACAACCAACUCUCCUUUCAUUUUUCCCAGCAAAUAAAAUAAAUAAACAUUUGAGUGGA